AUGGCACACGAAGUUCUGGAGGUUCUUCAACCUCAUCGGGAGCUGAUCGGACAGGCGGCCGGUUUGUUGACGGUGUCCCAGUAUCUGGCCGGUUGGUUCAUCUGUGCCGAAAUUCGACGUCGUGGCACCACGGCCGGGUUUUCUCCGCUCCGUUUCGUCGGUGGAUGUGGCCUUUCCCUGCUUCAGUUGCAGUACUCAUUGAAGCUGCAAGCAUCGGCCCUGAUUUGGACGAGCAUCGCCACGUUGCUCUGUUCCGUGUUCUUCUCUUCCUGGUACUUCCGGUUCACGCCGGUCGAUGUGCGGGUUCCGUUCUACAGACUUGCGGUUACCACGAGUACCAUCACGGCCGGCAUUCUCGCCUACGGGUCACAGAAUGAUAGCCCGCUCGUAAUGUUUCGUCUCGGGCUGGUACUGACCGUGCUGGCCCUGGCCUUCAUUGCCCUCCCCCUGGCACAGUUGGGUAACGUGAUUCGUGAGAAAAGCAGUGCCAGUUUACCCCUGCCGGCCAUUCUGGCCUCAACCGGUGCGUCCAUCCUGUGGCUAGUGUAUGGGUUGCUGAUCGACAAUUCAUUCAUUGUGGUCCAAAAAAUAAUCGCCCUUGCUUUGUGCGCGGCCCAGUUAUCCUUAUUUAUUGUUUAUCCCGCUGCAGGAUCAGCGGACAAGAAAAAGAAACAAUAAAUCCGAUUCGUCUCGCCACGUGGUUCUCACUGCACUCAAACUCCUCAUCGUUCUUUUUUUGUUCAACUUCUACAAUCUAGAUGUCUGUGGAGAGGCUGAUAAGGAAGCCCAAGUUGGGGCUGGAUGGGCCGGAUGGGUCGUGGUUUUGUUUGUGAUUUGUUUCUUCAUUUAAUCAAAAACGAAGUUUGGGGCUUUUGGAAAAUGGAAGUGA